UUAAAAAUCUUGAGGUACAAGCUACAAACACGAUUAUUAUAGAAAGCCAGAGAGAAAUAAGUCCAGAUCAUACUAACAUGAAAAAGCGAAGAGAAAAUAAAGAAGCUAGCUUGAUUAAUGGCGACAAUAAUACGAUUCAAAGUGAUAAUUCACGUUCUUAUACGUCCAAAAGACAAAAUGAACAAACUUUAAAUAGUUCAUCUUUGGCUAGAAAUAAUUCGUCAGAAGGUUUUUAUAGCCAACAGUUGUUGAUAUCUAACAACACAUUAUUUUCUUCAUACAGAAGCCCAAAUAAAUAUGCUGGUUUGAUUAGUGGCGGCGGCAAUG